AUGACUAAUUUUGCUUGGAGAGGCGGAUCUGAACGUAAAACGGUUGGCAUUGACGUUUGGUCUGAACCGUUUUGGACGACGGAUAACGGACGCCGAAUCGCCGUUAUCCUCAUGGACACGCAAGGCUCAUUCGACGACCAAACGACCAUGCAGCAAAACGCCAUCAUUUUUGCCAUCUCGACUCUCUUUUCGUCCGUCCUAAUCUUUAACAUCAAAUUCGACGUGGGCGAAGACGUCCUCCAGUUUUUCCAGUUCUUCUCGAGCUUUGCCACUCUGACCAUCCCGGAAGUCGAUGGGGACGCAGCGAGUGGGGGACGGGGGACCGGCGCCUUCCAGAAACUGGUCUUCCUCAUCAGAGAUUUUCAAUUUAUCCAAGACUACAAGUUUGGAUUUUACGACGAUAACCUGGUACCUGAGGGACAAAAGGCGAAUUAUAAGAAGGACAAGUUGGACUCCAACCCUGGUCAGCCGACGGAAGUGAGAUUCACCCAUGACCAAGUCGUUAAAAGCUACCAGGAUGUCGGCGUUUAUCUGAUGCCCGAACCUGACAAGGGAUUGAAACAAUACGACAAACUGGACAAUCUCGAUCCCGAAUUUGCCUCCCAUGUCGGCGCCUUUGUCCCCCUCAUGCUGUCUUCAGGUCAUCUCGUCACCAAAAAAAUGGGUAGCGUCGAGGUCACUGGGUCCGAAAUGAUCAAAUACGUCAACUCCUGGGCCACUCUCUUUGAAGGGAAUGACCUCCCAGAAAUCAAGAGCGUCUACCAUUCCGCUGCCGAGAGCCAAUUCAUCAUCGCGAAACAUUUGGCCACUACGUUCUACUCGUCCGAAAUGCAAAAAUUUAUUCUGCAAAAUCCCGACGGUGUGAACGACUCCGAAUUAACCACACGACACUCGGACCUGCUCAGAGAAUCCUUCACGAUUUAUAAGAGCAAAUCAAAAUUAGGCGGGGCGACCAUGGAUGCCAAAUUUGGCGAAGAAUUCACCACAGAGUCGGAUCGCCUUUUUGACACGUAUAAGUCCACUAAUCACACCAACUUGAAGGCAGCCGAGGCAAACGAGAAGUUAAAGAAGGCUCAAGAAGAUUUCGACCGGGAGGUGGAGGCUCAAAAAGAGAGGGCGCGAGAACAAGAGCAGAAACAAACGAGGCACAGGCAGAGAAUCGAGGAUGAAAUUGAAGCUGGGAGGAAAGCCAAUCAGGAUUUGUUGAAUGCCAUCAAGGCGCAGAAGGAGGAACAGGAACGCGCACGGGCAGAGGCGAGAGAACGCGAUGAGGCAUUUCGAAGGCAGAUUGAGCAUGAGAGAGAACUUGCGAGAAGGGAACCUCCGCCAAAUCCCUUGGAGGAAAUAGUUCGUGGCGUGGGGAGAAUUUUUUUCCCUUGGGCUGGUAUGAGACGGUUUUGA